AACCACGUGUUCUUCUCCCACCUCAUUGUCUCCCUCCUCAGUCUCUCUUCUUGCCCAAAAUAAGAUUUCACAAUUCACAAACAAUCACACGUCCUCAUCAUGAUAUUCUUCCUCUUCUUCUUCUUUACUCUGAUCCCAUAAUCAUGUCCUUAGACGCUUCUUCGUCAUCUUCCUCAUUCCUCUUUUUUGUUUUUUUUCUACCAUGGGACCUCCUCUUAAUUACAAGUCUUCUCCUCGACAACCUUCUUUUCUCCUCCCCGCCGUUGUCUCUUUGUGUAUCUUAUCUCUCACUGUCCUCCUCCUCUACAAGGUGGACAACUUCGUCUCCCAGACCAAAACCGUAGUGGGUCACAACUUGGAACCAACGCCUUGGCAUCAAUUCCCACCCAAGUCGUUCGAUGAAGAAACCCGCCAUGCUCGUGCAUACAAAAUCAUACAAUGUUCUUACCUCACUUGUCGUUACAGAACCGGCGACACCGUGCAGGAAAGGCGUCGUUUCCCGGCGUCCUCUGGGUCGAACCGGACCAUGUGCCCUGAGUUCUUCAGGUCGAUCUAUCGUGAUCUUCAGCCUUGGGCUGCUUCUAAGAUAUCAAAGGCUCAUUUGUUGGAAGCCCAGAACUAUGCUGCUUUUCGGCUCCUCGUUGUUGGGGGCAAAUUGUAUGUGGAUUUGUACUAUGCUUGUGUACAGAGUAGAGCAAUGUUCACUAUUUGGGGAUUCUUACAGCUUCUUAGGAGGUAUCCUGGGAUGGUACCUGAUGUAGAUAUAAUGUUUGAUUGUAUGGAUAAGCCUACUAUUAAUUGGACAGAACACCAGUCAAUGCCUUUGCCUCUUUUUCGAUAUUGCACAACCGAUGAGCACUUUGACAUCCCUUUCCCUGAUUGGUCUUUCUGGGGUUGGUCGGAGAUAAACAUCCGACCAUGGCAUGAGGAGUUCCCAGAUAUCAAGAGAGGUUCCAAAACUGUUCCUUGGGAUAAGAAGCAGCCAUUUGCAUAUUGGAAAGGAAACCCAGAUGUUGGCUCGCCUAUUCGUAUGGCAUUACUAGAAUGUAAUGAUACUGUGAUGUGGGGAGCUCAAAUUUUACGUCAGGAUUGGGGUGAACAAGCUAAAACUGGUUUUAAGGAGUCAAAACUUUCAAAUCAGUGUAAUCAUAAGUACAAGAUCUAUGCUGAAGGAUAUGCAUGGUCAGUGAGCCUGAAAUAUAUUCUUGCGUGUGGUUCUGUUGCACUAAUGAUAUCACCACAGUAUCAAGAUUUUUUCAGCCGUGGUCUUAUUCCACAGAACAACUUCUGGCUGAUUGAUGCUUUUGAUUUAUGUCCAUCUAUAAAGCGUGCUGUUGACUGGGGUAAUGGUCACCCAGCUGAGGCUGAAGCUAUAGGCAAAAGAGGGCAACAACUAAUGGAAACUCUGAACAUGGAUAGAGUUUAUGAUUACAUGUUUCACCUUAUUUCUGAGUACGCAAAACUGCAAGACUUCAUACCAUCGCUACCUCCAUCAGCCAUGGAAGUUUGUUCAGAGUCUGUGAUGUGCUAUGCCAAUGACAAGCAAAUGGCAUUUCUCAAAGAAUCAACUUCCUUCCCGUCACAAUCUCCUCCCUGUACUCUCACGCCUCCCAAGAUUGAUCAUCCAUAGUGUAAGCUCAAAAUCCUCUAAAUUGUUUUGUUAAAAAAAAAAUACAGUGAAUUAGAAAUAUUACAGUACCUUUACAUUUAUAAAAUCAUGAAAUAGGAGAGAACUUAAUAGAGAAGAACAUUAUGUGUCGUUACACUCAUCCUCUCAUUUAUCACUAUUUAUUAAAAUCAAAUGUUCUUUGUUCCUUUUGACUGUAGACAGAUUCUGGUUGAUAUUAUCAUGUGUAGUCUAGUUCUUGGAUGUUGAUCUCA